AUGUUUGAGCAGUUGGCCAUCUUUACCCCCCAAGGUCAGGUACUUUACCAGUUCAAUUGCUUGGGCAAGAAAUUUGCCGAGUCUCAAAUCAAUGCGUUUCUGAACCAGCUGAUACUGUCACCGGUGACCAAGAAGGACUCUGUGGGUGGGAAGUUCAACUUGGUAAAUGUGCAGAGCGGUGCUACAAAGUCCUUCUGUGCCAUGUUCUACGUGGCGAAGCAACCGGAGUUUUACUUUGUCAUAACAUUUGCGGAGCAGAAUUUACAACUGGAUAGAGAGGCUGAAGAAACUUUAACUCUGGCGUUGAAACUGUGGGAAUCGUUGGGGAUCCGUGAAGAUAUAAAUGAGAAUAUGAGCAAGAAAAUGGAUGAGCUUCAUGAUUUAGAAGAGUCGUUGGCGAAAUUUGACCAGUUUUUGAGGGCUAAAUAUGAGGAAUCUAUCAAGUACACCGUUAGUUCUACGCCUGCUGCUGCGUCGAAGGAGCAAUCUCCAGGAAACACAGUGGGUAAGAAUAAGAAUAAGAAGGUGCAGCAACAGGCUCGGAGCGCACCAUCGAACCAAGGGAGAAAAUGGGGCCGCGAUGGGGUGAUCGAAGAUACGAGCAAUGUUGACAUGAAAACUUUGGACUUUUCCUCAAAGAAAACCAAAUCUACUUCUGAUAACUCCGUUUCUGUUCAAGAAUCAGCGAUCGAUAAAGAUUCGUUUGGUAAUAGAACGGAGGGAGGAGACUUCUUGAUCAAACAAAUCGAUGAUUUGCUGACGACAUCGGCGAAGGAACCCACCACCACUUCAGGUGCUAACAAGUAUGCUAACUCUGCCUUUGGAUUUUUGCAGAAGCACUUUCUUGGUAACAAGACGAUAACUGAGCAGGAUCUAGUCUCCGUCCUGGACAAGCUGAAGCAACAAUUGGUCACCAAGAACGUCGCACCGGAAGCUGCCGAUUAUUUAACUGCACAAGUUAAACGCGACAUUUUAGGAUCUAAAACAGCAAACUGGACCACUGUCGAGGAUACAGCACGCGAAUCGUUGACGAAAGCGCUUACUGAGAUCUUAACACCCGGUGUUUCCGUGGAUCUUUUGCACGAAAUUCAGAAGAAGACAGGCAAAACAGAUUCCGAAGGGAAGAAGUCACCCUAUGUGUUUUCCGUCGUGGGGGUCAACGGUGUUGGUAAGUCUACAAACUUAUCCAAGCUGGCGUUCUGGCUACUUCAGAACAGUUUCAGAGUGUUGAUCGUUGCUUGUGAUACAUUCAGGUCUGGUGCCGUUGAACAGCUUAGAGUGCACGUUGAGAAUCUUGCACAGUUGAUGGAUCAAUCAUACGUUCGUGGGUCUAGGAAUAAAAGGGGUAAGACAGGUAACGACUACGUUGAAUUGUUUGAGGCCGGUUACGGUGGCAGUGACCUUGUAACCAAGAUUGCUAAGCAAGCUAUCAAAUAUGGGCAUGACUACGAUUUCGAUAUAAUUCUGAUGGAUACCGCUGGGAGAAGACAUAAUGACCCAACAUUGAUGUCGCCCCUUAAAUCUUUUGCUGAACAGGCCAAACCAGACAAGAUCAUCAUGGUCGGUGAAGCUCUGGUUGGGACAGACUCUGUUCAACAAGCCAAAAACUUUAACGACGCCUUUGGGAAAGUACGGAAUCUGGAUUUUUUCAUCAUCUCAAAAUGUGAUACAGUCGGUGGUAUGCUCGGUACGAUGGUUAACAUGGUAUAUGCUACAGGAAUACCAAUCCUUUUCGUCGGUGUUGGUCAAACAUAUACGGACUUGAGGACGUUGAGUGUAAACUGGGCAGUCAACACCCUAAUGUCCUAA